AGCGCGAGCGGCGCCGUCACAAAAGGAAGUGGCGGCGGCGGGUCCGUCAGCGCGGGGAGGGGCGGGGGCGGCUCCGGCACCUCCGGGAGCACCGGGAACAGCGGCACCGGCACCGGCACCCGCGGGGCGGCCGCGGCGGGGGCCGCGCCGCGCCAUGGCCCAGCAGCAGAUGAGCAGCUCGCAGAAGGCGCUGAUGCUGGAGCUGAAGUCGCUGCAGGAGGAGCCGGUCGAGGGCUUCCGCAUCACCCUGGUCGACGAGUCCGACCUCUACAACUGGGAGGUGGCGAUCUUCGGCCCCCCCAACACGCUGUACGAGGGCGGGUACUUCAAGGCUCACAUUAAAUUCCCUAUAGACUAUCCAUAUUCACCACCUACCUUCAGAUUCCUGACCAAAAUGUGGCACCCCAACAUUUAUGAGAAUGGAGAUGUAUGUAUUUCAAUUCUUCACCCACCUGUAGAUGACCCACAAAGUGGAGAGCUGCCAUCUGAGAGGUGGAACCCUACCCAAAAUGUCAGGACUAUCUUACUGAGUGUAAUCUCUUUGCUUAAUGAGCCCAACACAUUCUCCCCAGCCAACGUGGAUGCAUCAGUCAUGUUCAGGAAAUGGAGGGACAGUAAAGGAAAAGACAAGGAGUACGCCGAAAUCAUAAGGAAACAGGUUUUGGCUACCAAAGCUGAGGCAGAGAAGGAUGGUGUGAAGGUCCCCACUACACUGGCAGAGUACUGCAUCAAAACUAAAGUGCCUUCCAAUGACAACAGUUCAGAUUUGCUUUACGACGACUUGUACGAUGACGACAUUGACGACGAGGACGAGGAGGAGGAGGACGCCGACUGUUACGAUGAUGAUGAUUCUGGCAACGAGGAGUCGUGACCUGCUCCCUCUAUGCCCCUGUACUGCCCUGCCGACUCAGGCCAGAAGGGAGCAGCGGUAACCUAGCAGCAGUCCAGCAAAAAAAGUGGGGGGGGGGUGUCAAAAAAAAAUGAAAAAAAAGAAAAACAAACAAACAAAAAAAAACCCAACACAAAACUUUGUCUCCUGCUGUCUCCUGUUGUAUGGAUCUGUUUGCUCCUUUUUUAUGGACCUCUUAGAGACCCUCCACAGAAUGUCUGAAUUCUUGCAUUCUUAACCCUUUCAUCACUGUAUUACGAUUUCUUUUUAAAAAAGAAACUCCCCUUUUCACUUCUCUACAAAACGCUCACAGCAAAACAGGUUUGCUCGCGUUUAGAUUCUUGAAUUAAAUACAGUCUUGCAUUGAGAUGUUUAAUGUAUUUAAAGCUGGAACAAACCCAUUGGAAGCCGGGUUUUCAGGAGCUCAAGUGCUGCAUUUACUGGGAAGAAAAAAAAAUCCCCACGAAGCAAAUUGCCAAGGUUUAGCUGCUCCAUUUACAAUAAUAGCGUGUGUACAUUCGUUUAGCCUUGUGGUGGUGGCUUUUCCUUUAUGAGGUGUGGGGCGGAGAGUGUAAAGCUACUGUGUGUUGAGCUUGAUGGGAUGUCACUGAAAGGUACAGUAUUCCUUUUCAGCCUGCUAAGUUAGGAAAUAGCUGGCCCCUGGAGCCCCAGAGGGCACAAUCAGCUUUGUCUCUGGAAAAGGCUUGUGAGAUGAACCCUAAAAUAAACACUUAACACUUCACGUCUGUACAAC